AUGCCACCCGUCACCAUCAUUAGCAUGCCACCAGUCGCCAUCACAAGAAUGCCACUUGUCAACACCACUAUCAUGCCACUGGUUGCCAACACUAGUAGGUCACCCGUUGCCAACACUAGUAGGCCACCCGUUUCCACCACUAGCAUGCCACAUGUCACCACCACUAGCAGGCCACCCAUUACCACCAUUAGUACUGGCAGGCCACCCGUCGCUAUCACUAGCAUGCUAGCCGUCGCCAUCAAUAGCAUGCAACCCGUCACCAUCACUAGCAUGCCACCCGUCGCCAUCACUAGCAUACCACCAGUCGCCAUCACAAGAAUGCCACUUGUCAACACCACUAUCAUGCCACUGGUUGCCAACACUAGUAGGCCACCCGUUGCCAACACUAGUAGGCCACCCGUUUCCACCACUAGCAUGCCACAUGUCACCACCACUAGCAGGCCACCCAUUACCACCAUUAGUACUGGCAGGCCACCCGUCGCUAUCACUAGCAUGCUAGCCGUCGCCAUCAAUAGCAUGCAACCCGUCACCAUCACUAGCAUGCCACCCGUCGCCAUCACUAGCAUGCCACCAGUCGCCAUCACUAGAAUGCCACUUGUCACCACCACCAGCAUGCCACAUGUUGCCACCACUAGUAGGCCAACAGUUGCCAACACUAGUACUAGCAGGCCACCCGUUGCCACCACUAGCAUGCCACAUGUCACCACCACUAGCUGGCCACCCAUCACCACCACUAGUACUGACAGGCCACCCGUCAUCACCACUAGUACUGACAGGUCACCCGUCAUCACCACUAGUACUGAGAGGCCACCCGUCAUCACCAAUAAAACUUGCAGGCCAACCGUCGCCACCACUGGUACUGGCAGGCCAACCGUCGCCAUCACUAGGAUGCCAACCGUCGCCAUCACUUGCAUGCCACUCGUCACCAUCAAUAGCAUUCCACCAGUCGCGAUCACUAGAAUGCCACUUGUUACCACCACUAGCAUGCCACUUGUUGCCAACACUAGAGGCCACCCGUUGCCAACACUAGUAGGCCGACCACUGCCACCACUAGUACUAGCAGGCUACCCGUUACCACCACUAGCAUGA